GUGUCAGCGGGCUCCCCUUUACCAAAUAUGGUUACCACAACACACAGGCUGUCUCCCUCUAUCUCCGGAUUGUACCAUCGCAGGGAUGAAUGCUAAUUUAUGAAAGCUGAAGAUGAAUACUUCAUCCCUGACCCACAUAAUGACGGUACAUGAGGCUCGGUGAGCGGAGAUUUAUCGUGUUUACAGCCCGCUCUUCCGCUGUGCGCCCCCGGUGCGGCGGGAGCUAAAAGCGGCGCGCCUCGCCUCCCAUCUUCCUCCGCCUGGAUCCGAAUCCUCUCUCCAUCUCUCCUCCAGAAAGACUAGAGGAGUGGAGGGGAAAGGAGAAGCGGCACACACCGAGAGAGGGGCGAAGGAAACGGGAGAAGUAACUGAAUUGCAGUACUGAGAAAUCAACGAGGGUUUCCUGCCUGGGAUUCUAACCUGAAGGUCCCUGCGGGAGGUGGCGGACCGAGGAGAGUUCAGCCGGGCCUCUAACUGAUCCGACACUCCUACAGCUCACCUCCCGUUCACCUUUCAAAUAAAGAACCUCCUCCUCACCCUGGGGGCCUGACUCAAGUCUUCCAGCUAUCCCACACCUCCACCUUCUCAGCUUCCCCUGAUUAAUCCACCCCCCAAAAGGUCCCUGACUCUGGCCUCCUCCCUCACCCCUCCCUGCCUCGGCGAGUCUCCCCUGGGGUGCUGAGGCCAUGGCGGUACCUUCAGCCCACGAGUUUCACUGGCAGAGCCUGGCACGACUGCCCAGCGGCCGUGUCUACCACACUCUGUCUGAGGUGGGGGGGCAGAUGUACAUGCUCGGGGGCUGCGACGCAGCAGGGAGGCCCUGCCCGGCCCUGGAGCUCUACUCCCCCGAGGGGGACCGCUGGAUGAGCUUGGCACCCAUGCCCACCCCUCGUGCUGGGGCAGCUGUGGCAGUGCUGGGAAAACAAAUCCUGGUGGUGGGAGGAGUGGGAGAGGACCAGAGUCCCCUGAAGGUGGUGGAGAUGUACAACACAGAUGAAGGGAGGUGGAGGAAGAGGAGUGCUCUGCGGGAGGCCUUGAUGGGUUUAUCCAUCACUGUCAAAGAUGGUCGGGCUCUGGCUGUGGGGGGAAUGGGUGCUGACCUGCUCCCUCGUAGCAUCCUGCAGCAGUAUGAUCUUCGGAAGGACGUGUGGGCGCUACUUCCUCCCAUGCCGACGCCGCGCUACGAUGCCAACAUACAUCUGCUGGCCAGCAAGCUCUACGUGGCAGGCGGUCGCCAGUGUAAGCGACCAGUGAAGGCCUUCGAGGUGUAUGACGCAGAGACGCGCUCUUGGACUACGCUACCCAUCAUGCCUUGUAAACGUUCGUAUGGGGGCGUGAUUUGGGACAUAACUGGGAGGUUGUGCCUGCUCGGAGGACUGCGGCAGGGAGGAGGACACCAGAGCUCCAAGUUCACCAAGAACAUCAACAUUUUUGACACCAACCACGGCGCCUGGUUGAAGUCGGAGGAGACGGUGGCGAUGAAAACAAAGAGAGCUGACUUUGCUGCUGCUUUCCUGCGUGGCCGGAUGGUAGUAGCAGGAGGACUUGGUCACGAGCCCUCGGCGCUGGACACAGUGGAGGCCUUUCAUCCUCAGAGAAAGAAGUGGGAGAGGUUGGCUCCCAUGAGCUUCCCCCGAUGCUCCACCUCCUCCAUCGUCAUCAGAGACCGCCUUCUAGUGGUGGGAGGAGUCAACCAGGUUCCCAGCUCUGCCCAUGAGAUCCUGUAUGUAAAAGAAGAAGAGUAUCUGUAGCCUGCAGUAAUUGACAUCAGAUGAAUGCAGCAGAUCAGCUAUUCCACUUCCUCUUCUCUGUUCAACCCUCCUCAAUCUGACUGUAGUGCAAUAUAUAGGACGCAUUGAAAAAACUACGACAGACGAGAGUCGGAGUGAAAGUCCCUGACUUGGUGAUGUGAUGUGACAGACGACACUGCCCCCUGCUGGACUGUCCUGACACUGAGCCCCACAUAUAAGCACACACAUGCACAAUGGAGGAGCUGGCUCUUUCUUUAUAACGAGUUAUGUUUCUUACUUUUAGUAGGUGACACUUCUGCGUAUGUUACAGUGCAUACAGAAACUAUUUUGUAGCUUUUAUGUCUAGUAAUAUAGACGGAAAAUACAUGAAAGACCUUUUUUAUGGCAAAUAUGCAUUUUAUGUUUGGUUUUGUCUUUGUUUAUGUGUUUAUUUGUGUGCAGCUUACUAAUAAGUAUAAUAUAGUGUAAUUUCCACAUAAGAUAACAGGACUGCAAUAUUUGUUUAUUAUUUAAUAUCAUAUAGCAAAUAACGCACCAGGAAGUGAUGUUUGUUUAAACUGUACUGUAACAAAAUUUGCACUAAAACAAUUAACACUGAGUGGUAGUUAAUUUUACCGUCAAUAAUUUCUAGUGUAACGUAUUGUAGUAAUUACACUGAGAAUGGUAUACUAUCACUCUUCUAUGCUGUAACCGUGCACAUUAGUGGGCAUGAUCAUGAUUUAAUAUGAUUUAAUGCAUUGCAUAUAUAUUAAAUGACAAUGUGUUGUUUCUUUAGGUAAUUUCUGACUGCUGUUGUAGGCAAAGAAACUGACAGAUUUGUACACAUGUUAUUACUGCAGCAAUACAAGUUGUCUUUAUUUCCAUUUGUGCAACAUGUGCUGUAAUGAUCAUCAGUUAUCACCUCACUCAGGUUGUGAUGUUACAGACUUGUUUUUGUGACUUCAGAGAUUAUCUACUGACUGCUAUUAUCUUUGCUGUCUUUAUAGUCAAAGCCAAACUCUUGUCUCUUUGGCUCAGGCUGUUGUGUAACAGUUGACUAAGCUGUGAAAUAUCCCAUUGUGUUGAAAA